UGAACGACGCACCUGUGUUCGGCUCGCGUGAAUCCGUAUCUGUUCUGUGAAACUCGUGUGAAUUGCAGUGGUUGCGACGGGUUUAAGCUGGGCUCGACCCCGAAGUUUGUUCGCAGGGGAGGGUUCUACGCAAAUAAUUGAUCUGUUUGAUUAACAGUGUGAGAGAGAGUGUUCUGUGGAAGCUGUGGAAGUGGGGGAGAUCCUCAAAGGAUGAUAGUUAACAUGAGUCGUGCCACGGUUGACAAGUUUCGUUUCACGAAAAUGUGAUUCCUGAUAAGUGUCGGUUCAAAACAGAUUUGAAAGUGUGCUUUUGAGUACUAGGCCUCAGGUCGGUUAUUGCAUGAGCUUUCAAGUGACCGCGAAGAGAUCGAAUCAAGAAUGGUACACGGUCGGAGCCAAGAUGGAGGCUGCCGUUGUGGCUGCUUAAGGUGCUGCUUCUGAAAGUUUAUCGGAGAUUAAGCCAACGUUUAAGCGCUGUUUGGUGCUGCUGUUGUUGCUGAUACCUUUGAGGCGCAAAUCGAGGUUAAGGAAGCCUUCGCGAGCGCUUUACGUUGAACCAUUACUCGAGCUUUGGUCCAUGGACUGAAGAGGGAAAAAUAGCUGGUGGUAUCGUCCUACAAGUGUCGAAAAUAAAACAAGCACUCACCGCAGUUAAGUUUUAUCGAAUUUCAAGUGCCAGCUCAGUGGUCAUCGUCCGCGGUUAAAUGCAUCCGGAUGAUAGUCUCGUGAGUUUGUGUAUUUUUUUUGUACGCGACCAACAUUGUGCUCCGGAAGGAUUAAAGGUGAAAUACUUACCCCCCCGAAAACCUUUUGCCGGUUGUCGUUCCCUGGAGGAAAAAAAAAUCCGGCAUUUCGCGAGCUGUGUGCAAUGUGAUAAAACAAAUAAUCAUAAAACUGAGUGCGGUCUGUGUUUUGUGUUAAAAGCUUCGCCCGAUUCGCGGUUUACACAGCCUCGAUAAACAAAGUAGGGGCAAAAUUUCGCGCGAAACCACCAUCGAAGCUGUUGUCGCAAUCUCGGUGCCAAAAAGCGCAUAAAACAAAGGAUUUGUCAAUUUGUAAUAUGCCAAAUUAACCCACAACCCGCCAGAUUUGGAUAACAAUUAUUGGAUUAUGAACGGGUCUCGACAGUUGAAAACGUUGAGUGUACUAAGUGACAAGUACGAGUGAGAGAGGAAAAAAACCUUAAAUAAGGUAGCCGGUUUUACUCUGGAAAGUGUUUGUGUGUUACUACCAAGUUUGCAAGGUGUCCGCACGUUUUUUUUAAUAACCCUGUCAAUAAAAUUUGCUGAGCAACUGAGUUGACCUCAGGUGAAGUGGCCCAUAUCUGGACGCUGAAGUUGUGCGAAACUAGCGCGCUCUACUAAGGAGUUUACUAAUACAAGCUAAGCUGGCAGAUUGAAGCCGACAAAUACUACAGAAUGCCUGCCGAAGGCGUGCUGGACGAUCAUGGCAUUGCUACAAUGUCACGUUCCUCCAGGAUCGACCAGUUCCUGGCGGCCGGUGGAGGGCCGCCUUCUUCACCGACCAUUCGUGGAUCCAGCGGAGGUUCCGGUUCUUCCAGUGGCGGUGGACGGACGCCUUCCUCUUCCGGUGCCCCGGGGGGAUACGAUGGCCAGUUGGGAGGAUUUCCUGCUCACAUGAUGAACCCCGGAGCCAGCCAACAUCACAGUCGUGAGAGUUCUGCCUUUGUACCCGUACUACCGUCGAGAUCGAUGCGACCUGGAUUGUACCCUGGGAUGCUCGACGCCCCGGAUGGGCUCUCUAAGGAAGGAGUCCCCAAGCGAGGCUCCAGCUACGAGCUAAUGGCUAUGAUGGCCGAUAAGCGAAAAGAGCUUGCCCUUCGAGAAGCAGCCGCCGCAAUGCUUCUGCCAAGACCUGGAGGACCUCCGGUACAAUCCCCUGGAGGCAUUUACCCACCGGGUGCCUUCCUCGGAGGCCCAGGUCCCUCCCCCACCUCAGCCGGAACCUUUACAUUCCCACCGGCCGGCGUUGGCCUUUACCCUCCCGGCGUUCCUGGAAUGCAUCCCGGUCUAGACCGAAGAUUGCUGCGAGCCCCGGGCCGAGCCUCCCGCCCGAAAAAGCAGUUCAUCUGCAAGUUCUGCAACCGCCAGUUCACCAAGUCCUACAACCUGCUGAUCCACGAACGAACGCACACCGACGAGCGGCCGUACUCCUGCGAUAUCUGUGGGAAAGCCUUCCGGCGGCAGGACCAUCUCCGAGACCACAGGUAGGUAAUUAGUCAAAAAGUGUCUGCGGUUUGGCAGCAUCCAUCC